AACAAACUCACCCACCCACCACAAUCACACCAACACAAUACUCAUACUCAUCUCCUACUCCCCGAAGAAAAUGCCCUACCCCCGCCCCGACUUCACCCGCCCAACCCCAACCUGGCACCCCCUCAACGGACCGUGGACCUUCCGCUUCGACGACCGCGACGACGGCCUCACGCAGCACUGGCCGCACCACGGCCUGCCCACAACCCCACCAACAACAACCAUCACCGUCCCCUACGCCUUCCAAACGCCCGCCUCGGGCCUGAACCUCCACGAGCCCCACGAGAUCCUGUGGUACGAGCGACGCAUCACCGACAUCCGCUCGCCCGCGCAGCUGAAAAGGGGCGACCGGCUGCUCCUCCGCUUCGGGGCGGUGGAUUACGAGUGUUCUGUUUGGGUUGGGGGGGUUCAUGUGGGGGGGCAUCGCGGGGGGCAUGUUCCUUUUGAUCUGGAUGUUUCUGAUGCCUUCACUGACCCUGGGGAUAAGGAGGAGGGCGAGGGAACCAGGGUGACGAUCCGCGUGCGCGACUCGCCGACGGACCUGACGCAGCCCCGUGGUAAGCAGUUCUGGGGUCCGGUCGCGGAGGGGAUCUUCUACACCCCUACCAGUGGCAUUUGGUUGGAUGUGUGGGCUGAGAGUGUUCCCUGCACCAGAAUUGGGGGGCCGAGCGAGGGGACUGUCUUGCGCGGGGAUGAUAUCGAGGGUGGGAGGUUGCAGGCGAGCGUGGCGGUGGUGGGACGGAGGGUUGGAGCGAAAGCGGAGGUCGAGGUGGAGACGAGGUUAAGCGGAGUGAGGGUUGGUUCUGUGCGGGUUGCGUUGGGGGAUAAGGAUCGGGUGAAUUUGGAUGUGGAUGUGCGGGUUAAGGAUCCGGGAGUGAUGAUGGGGCAGAAGGGGCUUGGGGUGGAGGGGUGUUGGCGCGAUGGGGUUGCGCUGUGGGCGCCGGAGCACCCCGUGCUCUAUGAUGUGACCAUCCGGUUGUUCGAUGCAGACGGGGGGGUGGUGGAUGAGGUGGUGACGACGGCGGGGAUGCGGCGCAUUGACUGGAGCACCGGCGAUGGAACGUUCCGUACCAACGGGAAGCCGUGUUUCCUGGUGCUGGUGCUGGAUCAGGGCUACUGGCCUGACACCGGGUUGACGCCGCCGUCGCAGGAGGCGCUGCGGACCGACAUCGAGCUGGCGAAGAAGAUGGGCUUUACCGGGUGUCGGAAGCACCAGAAGGUCGAGGAUCCGGUGUUUCUGUACUGGGCCGACCGUUUGGGGUUCCUGGUAUGGGGGGAGAUUGCCAAUGCGUAUGAGUUUAGCGAUGAGUACGUCGCGCGUUUCAAUAGUGAGUGGAUGGAGGCGGUGCAGAGGGAUAUCAACCAUCCGUCGAUCGUGGCCUGGACGCCGUUCAACGAGAGUUGGGGGUAUCCUUCGUUGAAGAAUAAUGUCGAACAGCGGAACCACAUUCGUUCGGUGUACUAUAUGACCAAAACCCUCGACCCGACUCGUCCCAUCAACGACAACUGCGGCUGGGAGCACGUCCUCACCGAUCUCACCACCUACCACGACUACACCGAUUCUACCGAGCUUGCCGCCACCUGUGCAGACCUUACACAGGGUAUUCUCGGCCCUAAGGCUGACCAUGACAUGUUUGUGCCGGCCGUGAACGGCGAUGCAGGCGCCAAGCACACACCUGGCGCUCCGGUCAUCUGCUCCGAGUUUGGUGGCGUGAACAUCACUCCUGCCCAGGGCACGGCCGCAGGGGAGCGGGACUGGGGCUACACGACGGCGAGUGAUCCCGGGGACCUCCUGGCACGUCUGGAACGGUUGGUGAUGGCGGUUGUCAAGGGGGGACAUACGUGUGGGAUGGUUUAUACACAGCUCUGUGACAUUGAACAAGAGGUGAACGGGCUCUACUCGUAUGACCGCAAGGAAAAGGUGCCCGCGGAGCGAGUCAAGGCAAUCAUGGAUGCAGCGCAGCGGCACUACCAUGGGCACGUAGGGCCAAAAUAGGCAUACCCUAGUCUAAUUAGUAGAAGACAAUACUUUAUGUGCUCAACACCGCAGCCCACAAUGAAAUACCAUACACUUUUCAC